AGUGGUUAUGUUUAGUUAAAGGGCUUCAGUUUCCUUACAAUUAUGCUACAAAACCACUUCUCUAAAGUUGGGGCAAAAAACUUCCUGGUCAACCCAAGAUAGUUUGAGCUGAUAAUGACCUACUGGCCUACCAGUAGGUAGCACAGGCCCCUAUUCGCCUGUACUUAUUGGCUGAUAACCGCUGAUAAACCCCUAUUCUUUGUACUUACCUGCAUUCAAAUCUGUUUAUAAAGAUUAGCCGUGAAGUCUUCUGAACCUAGAACACCAACAAAGUAUCAAUAAGAUGGUAAUCAUAAUGUAAACAAUGCAAGUCUCCAAGGUUCUCUAGGACUUUAAGGUUGCACAUUGUUACCUUUUGGAUAAACAAAUCCUACUACGAAUCCAGCAUGUUGAAAGCACUUCUACUUGCUGCUACUUAGCGUUAAGGAUGUGACAACAGUACUUUGGGAGAACUGGGCAUUCCACACGGACAUUUGGCAGAUUUACCCAUGGUGUGUUGUCAGUAUAAGCUUUACAUCAACAUUUGCCUACUCUAUUCUACUAUAAUCUUUUUUUUUUCUGUUACAACUCCUUGCUUAUGAUUUUUUCAGGCCUCUAUUUCUGUUUCCUUUGACAGCAUGUGCUUCUCUUUGAUUUAUUCCUCUAAUAACUCUUUUAUAUAUGAAAGCUGCUGUUGUAGAACAUCUAUAUUGCUUUAGUGUAUUUAUUUGUUUUUACUGCUUGACGACUUACAACGAGAGUGGGUUUUAUUAUUGUACAUCCACCCCCACAAAGCAAUAUUUUUGCAAUCACGCUGUUGCCUCUCUGCAUAAAAUCAUUGAGUGAAUAAUGCGUGGCCUCGAUGGUUUAUGGUAUAAUAUUUGGCAAUAUUUGUGCAAUCUAUGAGCCAAACCAGAGGCUCGCCGUGCUCGACUCCAAAUCAUAUUUACAUUACAACACAAGCCCUACGCUGUGAAAUAUAUCCCCUCGUAAUUACAUUGCUGAUUUCCCGCACCAGGCUAUUUAACUUCAUUUGACACAGAUGGGUGGAUCUACAUACCCACACCCAAGAAGACGCACACAUGCUGCUAGAGAUGUAAUGACUUAAUGGUGAUUGUUCAUGUUACAUUGGCUUUCUUAUCAUUAGGCAGACCUUCUGGAAUUAUCUAAUCAGGAUCUGACUUGAUGCGAGGCGCAAUGAGGUGCAACCUAUUUUGCGGUUGUCGUCCUCCUCCUUCACGAGCUCUCUAACCAGUAAACAUAUCUGUCAGCCACCCAGCAGUUUGGCUGGAGAUUUUAGACUCUAAUGGGUACGAAGAGGAUUGGUCGUGUGGGUGAGAGAGAUGCUGGUUUCCAUAGUAACGGUGCUCUCCCGUCUGCCCUCUCUUGCUGCCACUAUGGAAGUGAAGUUUUCCGCUCCUGCCGAAAGCAAAGCUAUGACUCUGAGACCACAGAGGAUGAGACCACAGAACCUCAGAUGGAAACCAAAGAGGGGCCCGGGAGGCACCAAGACAAGGCUGGACGGAGAGGACCUGCAGGUGAGGGAGGCGGGAUGAUGGACUAUAACCCCGAUGCUCCGGACCGCAGGGCCACCCUCCCUGGUGCUUAUGACCCUGUAGUGGAGAGAGAGCUCCGUGCUCUGGGCUCCCGCCCUCCAGGGCCCCACUUGGACCCCACAAACCCUGCAAGGACCCAAACUGCCGACAAAUCACAGGGGCCCUCCUGCCCCCUGUCUUCCCCCCAGCCACAUCUCAGUACAACCAUCAGUACCCCAAACCAAGACCCGGAUACAACCAAACCUUCAGAUCCCCAAUCCUCUAAGACCGACCAGGCAUCAAGCGUUAACAGUGUUGUAAUGACACCCAAACUGGCCCGUGCGGGACCUAAGAUCUUCGACAAGGUCCUUGCUUUCGAGGAGCGAAGGGCUAGUGUGGAUCUGCCGGGAUCUCGAUUCGGACGGGCAGCUUCCUGCGACUCAGACGAUGCCGGACAAAAGACGGGAGGCCCCAGCAAAGAGGACGAACGACUCCUGAAGGGAGCAUCCCAGAAGCGAGCGGCGUUCAAGCAACGGGCGUCUUCUCUAGAGGACAAGACGAGCUACUCGCAAAGGGUCCAGAGCUACCAGAGCAAGUUUGCGGAAGAGCUUCAGAGGAUCAAGAAGCUCGUGGGGAAACCGAGCUUGAAGAAGGCGUAUUCCACCGAGCAGCUGUCGCAGAAAGAGCAGCGUACCAUGGGGAAAUUGGAGCCCAUUCCUGCCCAAGUGGUUAAAAAGUUGGAGGCGAGGGAGCGAGCCCUGGAGGGCAAAAAAGUUGGGGAGAGGGACGGGGGCGGCAGAUUGCAGAUGUCUCUCCUGGCCCAGGGCAGAGGACUGGGGAAUCAAAGUAACAACCCUGAAAAGAGUAAGAUGACACAGCCAGAUUCACAGGGGAAACCAGCGGAUAGCUCAUCACGAGAAAGCACAGGGAAAUUCUCUGUUACCAUGGAGACGGCACCAGUUCACCAGUUACCAGGGCAACCAUUGCCAACAGCCACAAGGACAAGCCUCACCAGGGAAACCCCACAAAGCUGUCCAGCAGCUGGCAAAGACGCACUUGUUGUCACGUCUCAAAAAUCAUCAUCCCAGGCAAGGACGCAGACCAAGAUGGACAACAAAGACGACCGUAGAUCCCCGAGCCCCAACGGGAAGAGAUCGUCACCGAUACCUGCGAGGGAACCAGGGUCCCAGUACCCGCCCAAGCCCCCACGACUCACCCCGUCACCCACUCCGUCCAUCAGCCCUCUAAUGAAAAGGAGGAAGGCGGAAGCGGGGCGGACGUCUCCGGCCUUGAAGGUGAACAUCCCCACUAUCCUGGUGGAGGAUGAACCCAUGGAGACCGAAUGUGCGACGGACAGAAGCAAGACCAGAAGGAAAGACGGGAAAGUUCGGAAGAGCAAGAAAGGCCGUUCUGUUAAACCCCGGUCUCCAGACGAAGGGGGCUCAUCUGACGACUCCUACCUGUCUGCGGAUGAGGAGCCAGCGGAGGCCCCCAGGUUUGAGAGGACUCUAGUGGACUCGGCGGGAUCCAUCGGCUCCGAAGUCACGCUGACAUGCAUCAUCACCGGGUGUCCGUCUCCUACAGUGACAUGGAGGAAGAACGACGUGGAGCUGCGGAGCGACUCCUCCCGUGUGCUUCGAGUGGAGGGCGAGCGCCACAGCCUGCUGAUAAAACACGCCAGGCCGGGCGACGCGGGGUCCUACCGCGUCACGGCCGUCAACCCGGCCGGGUGCACUUCCUGCGGCGCCGUGCUCUCCGUCCAAUCAGAGCCGACCCACGUGCGAUGUGGGGGGCUAGCCGGGGUAGAGGAAGUCAGUAGCGAGGAGCAUCUGGGGCCCCAAGAGGAGGCGAUGGAGGUCGGGGGCUCGCCGGCUCCCAGGAAAAGAGUCAGCUUCAAGGAGCCGCCCUCCUUUGAGGUGACACCAUGUGACCAGGCGGUGACUCAAGGGGAAGAUGUCGUCAUGGCAGCGAAGGUCGUCGGGCAGCCCAAACCCAUGGUUUACUGGUUGAAGGACAAAGUCACGGUGAAGACAGCGGGGCGCUUCGUGGUGCGAGAGACAGACGAAGGCGGAAGUGAAAUGCGGAUCGGCUCGGCUCAGAGGUCAGACUCGGGACUCUACGUUUGCAAGAUCAUCAACGAGUUCGGAUCCAAGCAAGCCGAGUGCAAAGUAGAGGUCAAAGCGUCUGCAGCACAAACGGCACUGAAAAUCAUCAGGGAAGUAAGAGGCGUGGCGGUGAGGGCGGGAGAGUCGGCCAUGUUUGAGUGUCACGUGACUGGACCUGCAGACGUGGAGGUGGACUGGCUCUCAAACGGGAAGCUGAUCCAGCCAGCGCUGCUCAACUGCAAAAUGCAUUUUGAUGGCAGGAGGUGUCGUCUGCUGCUGAACUCUGUACAUGAGGAUGACAGUGGAACGUACACCUGCAAGCUGAGCACUGCCAAAGAGGAAGUGACCUCGAGUGCAAACCUGAGGGUCACCCCGUCCGUAGAGCCUCUGUUCACCCGUAAACUGGACAUCCUGGAGGUGAUUGAAGGCCGCACCGCCCGCUUUGACUGUAAGGUGAGCGGAUCACCUGCUCCUCGAGUCACAUGGAUGCAUUUUGAGACGAGAGUGGAAGAGAGCGAUAAUGUUCGCAUCCUCCAAGAAGGGGGGCGCCACUCGCUCGUCAUCACCCACGUCAGCAGCGACACCGAAGGUUUCUACACAGCCGUCGCUCAAAACGUCCACGGGAAGUCCGACUGCACCGCCGAGCUGUACAUGCAGGAACCGCGAGCCGCCAUCUCUUCUCACAUGGCCAAGUUGGAGAAGAUGCCCUCCAUCCCUGAGGAGCCUGAGGUUCUGGAGAGCGAGGUGGAGAAGAGGACCAUGCCGGACUUCGUCAAACCGCUGGCUGACGUGGAGGUGAUCGAAGGCAAAGAGGCCCUGCUGAACUGCAAGGUGGCGGGCCUCCCCUACCCCUCCAUCGCCUGGUACCACAACGGCAAGCGCAUCGAGAGCAGCGAGGAGCGAAAAAUGACCCAGCACAGGGAUGUCCACAAUAUGCUGAUUCGGAGCGCUUGUCAUGCUCACGGUGGCGUCUACAAGGCCGUCAUCUCCAAUAAACUGGGCAAGGCAGCCUGCUACGCACAUCUAUACGUCACAGAUAUUGUUCCUGACCCCCCUGAUGGUCCUCCAGUGAUUGAAGCUAUCACAGGGAAAACUAUCACCCUCAGCUGGAAGAGACCAAAGAGGCUCGACCCCUCAGUUGAUGCUGGCUCCUUGCUAUAUGUGGUGCAGCAGCAGCCUCUGGGUUCUAUCCAGUGGUCUGUGGUGGCGUCCAGUCUGAAGGAGAACAACUACACCGUCACCUCCCUGUCCAAAGGAGUCCGCUACGCUUUCAGAACCCUCACGUCCACUGGGAAGACUUCGAGCAAACCAUCAGCCUCGACUGACCUGGUCCAGCUGCUGGACAGAGGACCCUAUCUGAGGAAAGCACCAGUCAUUUUGGACAAACCUGACAUUGUUUAUGUGGUUGAGAACCAGCCUGCAAGCAUCACCAUCACACUGAACCAUGUGCAUGCAGUUGUGACCUGGAAAAGGAGGGGGGUGGUGUUGGCCAACAGACUGGGGAUGUAUGAGAUGAGCAUGCCGGACGACGACCAGCACACCCUGAAGCUCCAGAGGGUCCGGAGCACCGACGUGGGUCAGCUGGUGGUCACGGCCAGUAACCAGUUUGGCAGCGAUCUCUGCACGGCUCAGCUGGCAAUGGCAGUGCCUCCGAAGUUUGAAACCAUCAUGGAGGAUGUGGAUGUGCACAUUGGGGAGACGUCCCGUCUGGCUGUUGUGGUUGAAGGGAAGCCAGACCCAGAUAUUCUGUGGUAUAAGGACGAUGUGCUUCUGUCUGAGAGCUGCCACUUCACAUUUGUGUACGAUGACCCUGAAUAUUCCCUCGUCGUCCUCAACGCCCACCCCGAACACUCCGGUGUGUACACCUGCACUGCCAAGAACCUGGCCGGCUCCAACUCCUGCAAGGCUGAACUCACAGUUCAUACAGAACGAAAAGAAGCAGCAGAGCCAAUGGAGGACGAAGGAAGCAUCCUGAGGAAGAUGAGGCGUUUGACGGAUUACUACGAUAUUCACAAGGAGAUCGGGAGGGGGGCCUUCUCCUAUGUGAAGAGGGUGAUUCAGAAGAAGGGAAAGGCCGAGUUCGCUGCCAAGUUCAUUUCUGCGGGAGGAAAGAGGAAAGGCUCGGCCCUCAGAGAGAUGGAGCUGCUGUCUGAGCUGGACAACCAGAACGUUCUCUACUUCCACGACGCCUUCGAGAAGAAGAGCGUGGUGGUGCUCAUCACAGAGCUAUGUCACGAGGAGUUGCUGGAGAGGAUGGCCAGAAAAACAACAGUGAAGGAAGUGGAGAUUCGCUGUAGUGUUCAGCAGGUUUUGGAAGGUCUUCGGUAUCUUCACCAAAAAAGCAUUGCCCACCUUGAUAUUAAGCCUGAAAACAUUUUAAUGUCCAGUCCUGGGAGUGACCAGAUCCGCAUUUGCGACUUUGGAAAUGCCACAAAAUUGGAGACUUCUGAGGAGCACUACUGCAAGUACGGCACGCCAGAAUAUGUCGCACCGGAGAUUAUUAACCAAACUCCCGUCUCCACGGCAACAGACAUAUGGCCAGUCGGUGUUAUCACGUACCUCUGCCUGACUGGUGUGUCUCCUUUUGCGGGUGAGAAUGACCGAGCCACGGGCUUAAACAUCCGAAACUACAACGUGGCGUUCGAGGAGAGCAUGUUCGCCGACCUCUGCAAAGAAGCAAAGGGAUUUGUCAUCAAGCUUUUAGUGGCGGACCAACUGAGGCCCAGUGCCACCGAGUGCCUUCGCCAUCCUUGGUUCAAGUCACCAACAAACAAGAGCAUCAGCACAGCGAUGCUGAAGCAAGUUUUGUCUCGAAGGAAAUGGCAGCGUUCUCUUAUCAGCUACAAAUCCAAGAUGGUGAUGCGAUCGAUCCCGGAGCUUUUGAAUGAGUCAUCUAACCACAUCUCCAUCGCUGUGGCCCGGCACUUAAAAGAAGGCUCCCCACCACCCUCCUCUUCCUCUGACUCUGAUGCAGAUGUGGAUGAGCUUCCCUUCAUUCCUAUGCCCCUGUCCAUGGUCUUUUCUGGUUCCAGGGUGUCCCUUAACGAGAUCCCGGGGGACGAUGAUGUCACCGCAUGGCCCAGUGUUGCCGCUGAUGGGACGAGGAAAAAGGACAACAUGGAGACGGCAGGAGGCGGGGCUAAUACAAUGGCGAACGAUGAAGAAGAAACCCCAGAUGAGGAGAAAACGGAUACGACAAAACGAGCUCCCCUGAAGAAAGGUUCAAGUGUGGAGUCGGACGAAUCGCAGACGAAAAGCAGGAGGGCUACCAUGAGGAGAGGCAGCUCUGCUGACUCAGCACUGCUUCUCCACAUUGACCCAGAAGAGGAAAAUGCAAAUAAGGAAUCAGAAGCAAGUAACAAGAGCUUGAAAAAGGCUGUUUCUAUGGAACUACCCAACCGCAGCCCGAGCCCCGGGGCGGCAAAGUUAAGCCAGGAGGAUUAUGCCCUAAAGCUGGAACUGAUGCGACAGCGAUUGCUCAGGGGAGGAAAUGUGGACAAGAAGAUGAGCGGCCUACGAGGGCCCUUGUUUGAAACUCUCGGCAUGGAAGAUGAGAGGCGGACCGGGUCUCUCGAUCGGAACUUGAGGAGAUCAAGAACGGGGCCCUCGACACUCACCAGAGCGGCGUCUUCGGACGGUACGACGGAAGACACACCAAAGACCAAAGUUUUUUGUAAAAGCGCCUCGUUCACUCAGGGGGAUUCUGAGCCCAUGCCACUGCACCGCAGGUUUGGAGCCCCCUUGGAGAUCCCAUCCGUGGGGAACAGUAGCAUCGAAGGGAAGAAGCUCCAGGAGGCAACUUCAAUGUCUGCAUUGACGGAACAAACAACACUGGAGUCUACAACGCCUACAAAGAAGACUUCUUUUAUACUCCCAACACCAGGAAGAUUGGACCAACAGCAAAAACAGAACAAUGUGAAAGAUCAUGAGGAUAUGCAAAGCAUGAAUGAGAAGAACGUGGAUGGGAUAACAGAGAAAAGGACCAAAACCCAGUUAGAAAACACAGAUAAAGUAGAAUCCGAGCCCAGAUCACCUUCUGUAAUUACUCCUAUAAUUGUAAUAGAGGAGGAGGAUGAUGAAGAAGAAGAGAGGAAAGAAAAUCAGGAGUUGCAUAUUAAUGAAAAGGAAGAUUUAACACAAAAUAGACCAUCGUCUGCAACAUCUGGCGAGGCCCGUCCAGCUAAAAAAGCCACGCCGAAUGGUACAAAACCAACGGAAAUCCCCAUGUCACCUGAACAUCCAGCAGUGUUUGCCAAGGUAGCAACCGCUGAUCGAUCUCCAGGUGCUGUUUCUACAUCAUCAAACCCUGAUGUGGCAGCUGCCGCUCGUCAGCCUGUGCUCAGAACAGACAUCAAAGACAUCGACUCAGAGGAGGUCUUUGAAGCCAGGUUUAAGAAGCGGGAGUCGUCUUUGACCCGUGGCCUCAGGAAACUGACCAGAAACAAAUCAGAGGAGAGAUCUCCCGUACUUAACCGGAAGGGGGGUGAGGGCGGUGAAGAAAUUUACAGGCCGGGGCCAAGAGGGGCUCCGCUUGAAAUGGUAGCCAAAGGACUGCAAGAGAAAUCCAAAUCUGUUCAAGAUUUGAGAGCGGAAGAUAAGGAAACAGGCUUGGGCCUAAUGGGAAGAUUUUCCCUGCGUGCCAAGAGGUCAACAUCCGUUGAUAAGAAGGGUGAGAAACCAAAGGAGGAAAAGCAACAGGAUGUGAAGGAAACUGCUGUUAGUAAGCGAGUUUCAUGGGCUAUUGGUCGCAGUAAGUCCCUGGAUACAAAGGAGCUGAACAGUGCAGAAGCAAAGAGGCAGCAGGACGAGAGAGAACAAAGAAAAGCAGACGAGUCUUCGGUUUCUGCAAUGAGGCGCAGGUUUGAGUCCAAAGUGGCGGGAAUCUCUGCCAAAAUAAGGAGUCAGUCAGAGGAGAGGAAGGACAAAGAAACUGGGGGAAGUCAGAAAGAUCUGGUGCAGAAGGAUCUGAAGAAAGUCACGGAUUCCCCUGUUCUAGCAAUGCGACACAAGUUUGAGAACAAAGUGGCAGGGAUUUCCUCGAAAAUCCGGAGCCAGUCCGAGGAGAGAAAAGAGGGCGAAGAGGAAAAGAGGACGCCCCUGUUUACCCGCCAUCGUCAUUCCCAAUCUGAGGGGCGAGGACUCAAAGGAAUGGGCAUCCCCGAGAACCAACUGGCCAAACAGACCGGAGCCACAGCAUCCAAGGAAUCGGUCGAAUCCACUUCUAGCAUCCAUUCUGAAAAAGCCUCAGAGAACGACAGGCGAUCGCGGUGGGACAGGUGGGGUUUGACGAGAAGCAAGAAGGACAAAACCCCGUCGCAAUCUGAUCUGCCUUCAUCAGUCCCCAAAGAAGAGGGUUUGUCCAAAAGCCAGCAGUUUAUCCGCUCGGCUUCAGAUUUCGCCCCCGUGUUCCACAUCAAACUGAAAGACCACGUCUUACUGGAGGGGGAACCGGUCACUCUUAGCUGCCUUCCAGCUGGAAGUCCGCAUCCAGAAAUCACCUGGACGAUCGAUCGGAAACCGCUGGAUGUGGAUGACAGAAUCAACCUGAGGUCCCAUCCGGACGGCAGGCAGCUACUUACGAUCAUGAAGUGCAGCCGGAGAGAUGCUGGAGUUUACGAAUGUGUCGCUACCAACCCCAUAGCGACCAUCACCACCUCCUGCACACUGUCAAUUGCUUAUGUCCCAAAACGACCAGGGACCCCUGAAAUCCCCCAGACGUACAACAACACGGCCCUGGUGCUCUGGAAGCCAGCAGACACCAAGUCUCCAUGCAGCUACACCCUGGAAAGAAAAACAGAAGGUGACUUUAACUGGCUGACUGUCGCCUCUGGAGUCGUCGACUGCUACUACAACGUCACUGACCUGCCGCCAAGCCGGGCGUUUAGGUUCCGCGUGGCCUGCAGCAACAAGGCGGGACAGGGACCGUACAGCAGCUGCUCUGCUCCGGUCUGCCUGGACUCUACGGCUGGAGGAGCCUCCCCUGCGGUUGCCGUGGUGAAGACGGUCCCGGCUGCACCUGAACCAGCUCCUGACUCCUCAGUGACCGUUCCUCAACCAAAACCAGUCCAGAUUAAGGCUCCCACCUCCACCUCCACCUCUCUAAGAGACGCAGCACCUAAAACAGUGGCUGUCUCCUCCCUGCCACCUGCAGGCGACACCUCCUCUCUUCCCUCCUCUCCUGCUGUCAAACCACCUCCACCCUUCGUCCUCCCCAAACCCCAGAGUCCAAUCAACGUGGUGUCUCCCAUGACCCAGACCCCACCCGUAACACUGGUAACCCCGCCUUUGACGCCAACCAAACCAGCUUUGGCGUCCGUGCCCACGUACGUCUCCACCACCACCACCGUCACCGCUCGCGUGACUCCCACUCCUGUCGCCUUUUCCCCUCAAGUGCUCCAGACCUCCAGCCUGAGCCCCAUAGGGGACGGGGCCAGCACCCCCAGCAGGGGCACCCCGUCAGGUCGCACUACGCCCUCCACUGCUCUGCGACAGGGGGUCCCACAGAAACCCUACACCUUCCUGGACGAAAAGGCCAGGGGUCGUUUCGGAGUCGUCCGAGAAUGCCGCGAGAACUCGACGGGCAAAAUCUUCAUGGCAAAGAUCAUUUCCUACAACCAGGAGAACAAGCAGGAGGUCCUGAAGGAGUACGAGAUCCUGAAGUCCCUUCACAAUGAAAAGGUCAUGGCUCUGCACGAAGCCUACGUCACCCCGCGCUACCUGGUGCUGGUGGCGGAGUACGUGACGGGGAAAGAGCUGCUGCACAGCCUCAUAGACAGGUUCCGUUACUCUGAGGACGACGUGGUGGGUUACCUGGUCCAGAUCCUCCAGGGGGUGGAGUACCUCCACAACCGCCGCAUCCUCCACCUGGACCUGAAGCCCGACAACAUCAUGGUGACCAACCUCAACGCCAUCAAGAUUGUGGACUUUGGAAGCGCUCAGAGCUUCAACCCCCUCAGCCUCAAACACCAGGACUCAGGAGCAGGAACUCUGGAGUACAUGGCUCCUGAGAUGGUAAAAGGUGAAGUGGUUGGUCCUCCUGCAGAUAUUUGGACAGUUGGAGUCGUCAGCCACAUUAUGCUCAGUGGUCGUCUGCCCUUCGAAGAUAAAGACCCGCUCCAGGUCGAAUCCAAAAUCCUGAUGGCGAAGUUUGACCCGUCUAAACUGUUCCCAAAUGUGUCCCAAAGUGCCUCCGCGUUUCUCAAAAAGAUGUUGAGCAGUUACCCAUGGGCCCGUCCGACUACACGAGACUGCUUCACGCAGGCCUGGCUGCAGGACUCGUACCUGAUGAAGCUGAGGAGGCAGACUCUCACCUUCACCUCCAGCCGGCUCAAAGAGUUCCUGGUGGAGCAACAACGGCGCCGCGCAGACGGCGCCACCAAGCACAAGGUGCUGCUGCGCACCUACCAGAGCUCGCCCCAGGCUCCGGCGUCCGGGACCGCGCCGCAUGUUCCCAGCCUGAAGUGAGAAGCUGGAAAUGCGGCAUCGUACGUUGCAUUUUCUGCAGUUUGCAGAGCUGGAUCUGCAAAAAAAAGCACCUCUGUGAACCACCGCUGCAUGAAAAAUAGCAGUAAGGUAGAGGUGAAGACACGGGGGACGGGCAGAGAGCUGGAUAUACACGUAUCCAAAGAAAAGACAGGAGUCCACGUGUUAUUUUUGACUUCUACAUUCAACUAUAAAGGUAUUCUGAGCGGACGAGAAGCUGCGACGCGACAAAUUUAUCGAAACUGUUUAGAAACUCCGCCGAAAGGACACAGGAUGUUCUUUGGUUUUCUUUGAUUGCACAAUUUCUCACAUUGUGAAUUCUGAAAUGGCACAUUAAUAUUUGAUUUUGACAUUGCACGAUCAGCCUGGAAACAUGUGUACCAUUCGUGUUUUUACUGCCGUUUAUGUCACUAAAUUUAGUAGUGAACAACUCAUGUGAAUGUACCAUGAUUUAAGCUGCUAAUUCUUUUUUUUUUUUUUUUCCUUUCGCGUUAACUUACACAUUUUAAAACCAAAAAUAUUCUUCUUUUUUUUCUCGAAAUCGUUUACUUUUUUCAUGUUAAUUUAUUUGCAUGGGCGAGCAUUUUAUGAUUUCACUUUAGCAUCGAGGCAAAAAACAAAAAAAUACAAAUAAUAAGGAGUGUGUUUGUGAUUGGUGUCACGGUAAAAAUGAACUAUUUUAGGGUGAGCUAGGAAUUUUUUGGUACAAUUUCUUGUUCUGUGCUUAAAACUGAACUCUAACUGUAAUAAACUAUGAAAAGCAGUCCGUAAUGUAAUUAACACUUUACUUGGAAAAGUCAUACACUGGUAAAUUGCUGUGGUUUUUCAGUAUUACCCAUCGGUCGGUCAGGUUGCGUAAACCAGAUCAACCAGUCAGUGCCUAAAUCGGAUUAAUAUCCAAAAUAUUUCUCUUGUAAAUGUGUCUCCAUUGGUACUAAUUCACAAAUGAUAACUUCUUUAAACAAAGCAAAAAUGUGACUGCAAUAUUGGACAACAAUACAGAUGCAUAUCGAUCAUAUACAUACACACACACAUACAUGUCUUUAUAACGUUGUGAGGGCCAUGAUCGUUGAGUUGUUUGUGAGGACCACCACUUCACACUUCAGGGUUUACCAUCUCUGUUAGGACCUUUUCUUAAAAUUCAUACAGAUGAUUAAUUAAGGCCUUUAGAAGCUAUCCUAGCAUUUUCUUUGUGAGGACCGGGCAAAAUGUCCUCACAACCACAAAAGUCCUCAUAAUGUUGGUGUUCUGCCAAGGGUUGGUCCCCACAGUGAUAUAAAGAUAAGCACACACACACACACACACACACAGUACAUGCAGUCCUUGUAAUAAUAGAACGUCUUGUGUAUUGCUCUAUCACAGUGUUCCUUUUUGUAUGAAUUUGGACGGGUGAAGAUUUGUAAAUGUACCAAUUUGCGGUGUUUAUAUGUGGAAAAAAGUUGGAAGAUGUUUUUAUGAGAUAGUAUGUAAUAAACUAUUGAUACCAUUGGGGAAA